AUGUGGUGGGCAGGACGUCGCAAGCAGGAGUGCCCCAGUGCCAACGACGGCCACCCGUCAGAGGUGCCCGCCAGCGCGUAUUUCCAGCCCGGGUCUGCGGGCUGGACGGUCUCCACCGUGACAGUGAGGCGGGACCAGCGGCUCGACAGCGACAAAGUGGGUGAGUUGGACCCGCUGGUGCCUUUGGAGGUCCUGGAGGUGGGCGAGGGCCGGCGCAUCAAGGUGCGGUGCUGCAACGGGCUGGACUUGGAGGGUCGGGCGAUGGGCGUGGAGGGUUGGGUGAGCUGCCAGACGAGGUCUGGGGAGCAGCUCGUGGCGCGCCCUGCGGACGUGGACGGGGAGAUGGUCUAG